CGGUGGUCAUACGGAGCACUCUGACGAGGAAGAACACUGAACACUGGAAAUGCUCGGGUUGAACGAGAAGCUGGCGCUGGCGGCGGCGGCGGUGGGCCUGGCCGUCCUGGCCGUGGCGGGGGCGUCCCCGGUGGUGGGGCCCGAGCCCAUCCGCUGCGCCCCCUGCACGCCGGAGACGCUGAGCGGCUGCCCCGCCGUCCCGGCCGACUGCAGGCAGGUGCUGAGGGAGCCCGGCUGCGGCUGCUGCAUGGCCUGCGCCCUGGCCCGGGGGGCGUCCUGCGGGGUCCACACCGCUCACUGCGAGGAGGGGCUCCGCUGCGUGCCCCGGCCCGGGGAGGCGCGGCCUCUUCACGCUCUGACGAGAGGACACGGGGUCUGCGCGGAAGACCCGGCACACGAAGAAACAGACGGAGCUGAUCAAGGCUCCCUGCACCACCUGCUGGGUCUCAACCUUCCCUUUGACCUCCAAGACACAGCUGAGGGCCACGAGAGCAUUAAGGCCAAGGUCAACGCCAUCCGCAACAAACUGGUCCAGCAGGGUCCCUGUCACAUCGAGCUGCACGCGGCGCUGGACGCGAUAGCCAGCUCUCAGCAGGAACUGGGCGAGAAGUUCACCACCUUCUACCUCCCCAACUGUGACAAGCACGGCUUCUACAAGGCCAAGCAGUGCGAGUCGUCUCUGGUCGGACCUCCGGCUCGCUGCUGGUGCGUGUCCUCCUGGAACGGGAAGAAGAUCCCCGGAUCCCAAGACCUGCUCGGCGACUCGGAGUGUCAUCAGGAAGUCACUCACUGAGGGAUGGACACUUUAUCGAGAGCAAUUCUCUAAUAUGACCUUAAAAACGACAAAAAACUAAGUAUUAUUAUUAUUUCCAAAGAGGAAAGUUCCUCUGAUUUUAUUUACACAAUGUAUGUAUCGAGGAUUAUUUAUUAACUGCUUGUAUAUUCUCACAAUCAUGUGAUUUUUAUGUUUGCCUCCUUUUUUUUCCCAGUUGUAAGUGGGGUAACACUGUAUACAGUUGUGUGUCUGACUAAAUAACUCCAUUUCUCAAAGCCACAAGGCUGCAGCUAUGCCAAAGCCCAUGUCAAAGUCUUUCGGGAUCUGUUUGGUUUUUUUUCUUUUCUUUUUUCAAUUCAUUCAUAACAGGAGCCGUGCACCGUACAAAGCAACACAGCCGCUCAUUCAUUCCGCAUGUCGACGUCGUCCCAAUGUAUCUCCGUCCGCGUUUCCUCAAUGGAUACUGGGGGGAAAUACUUAAAGUGCCACAAGUAUGCGCGCGGCAGCCAAGUACAAACAUAUCAGGGCUCAUCCAAGCCACCGUGAGGUUUGGGAAUGGGCUGUUCGGCAUUUGUCUACCUCUACUAGUCUCUGCAGGUCCACAGGCUUUACAGGGUGUUACUGAGGGCUCGUCUCAGCUCCAGCCGUCUCACCUUUAUGUGUCUACCGGGUCAUCGUGGGUUUAUUUUAUCAUCUAUUCUAGUAUUUAUUAUGAUUAAGUCGUGUUGAUGCUGUGGUCGAUGUGUAUCCUCUUUGCCAGGAAUGCUGCUAUUCCACUUUUGGUUUUGUUGAACCAGUGUAUAUAUUCUUGUAAUUAUGUGCAUAUGCAUCUAAUAAAAUGUUAUUUCAUCA